AUGUAUUCAGCGCACAGAGCGUGCAAGGCCUUAACAAGGCACAGAAAUUCACUUAGAGUUUUAAAUGUUAAUUUUGGAACUGAUGUACAGUACAAACCAAUUCGUAGUGUCCUUGUUGCUAAUAGAGGUGAAAUAGCAAUCCGAGUAUUCCGAGCAUGUACAGAACUAGGAAUCCGCUCGGUAGCAAUCUACUCCGAGCAAGACAAGAUGCAAAUGCACCGUCAAAAAGCCGACGAAGGAUACAUCGUAGGCCGAGGAUUGCCCCCAGUGCAAGCUUACCUGAACAUUCCCGAAAUAAUAAAAGUAGCUCAAGAAAACGGAGUUGACGCAAUCCACCCAGGAUACGGCUUCCUCUCCGAAAGAUCUGACUUCGCUCAAGCAGUAGUCGACGCGGGGAUCCGAUUUAUCGGACCCUCUCCUCGAGUAGUCCAACAAAUGGGAGACAAAGUAGCAGCUCGCCAAGCGGCUAUCGAAGCGGGAGUUCCCAUAGUUCCCGGAACAGACGGUCCAGUGUGUUCUUCCGACGAAGCUAUGGCAUUUUGCCAAAAACACGGUCUACCGGUGAUCUUCAAAGCGGCCUACGGUGGAGGAGGCCGUGGAAUGCGAGUGGUUCGCAAGAUGGAGGAAGUAGUCGAGAAUUUCGAGCGAGCUUCUUCAGAAGCCAAAGCAGCCUUCGGAGACGGCGCGAUGUUCAUCGAGAAAUUUAUCGAGCGUCCUCGACACAUUGAGGUCCAACUUUUAGGAGACAAAGCUGGAAAUGUCGUUCAUCUUUACGAGCGCGACUGCUCUGUCCAGCGGCGACACCAGAAGGUGGUAGAAAUUGCACCAGCUCCGAGACUGGACCCCAAAGUCCGGGACCGGAUGACGGAACAUGCUGUUAAAUUAGCUAAGCACGUUGGAUACUCCAACGCAGGUACUGUCGAGUUCCUGGCUGAUGAUAAGGGAAACUUUUUCUUCAUCGAAGUCAACGCAAGAUUGCAAGUAGAGCACACAGUCACUGAAGAAAUAACCGGGAUUGAUCUAGUGCAGUCGCAAAUAAGAAUUGCUGAAGGUAUGACUCUCCCUGAGCUAGGAAUGACUCAAGAAAAAAUUUCUCCUCAAGGAUACGCGAUUCAGUGUCGGGUGACCACUGAAGAUCCUGCUAAGAACUUCCAGCCCGACACAGGUCGCAUUGAAGUCUUCAGAUCCGGUGAAGGAAUGGGAAUUCGUCUUGACAGCGCUUCAGCGUUCGCUGGUGCUAUCAUCUCUCCCUACUACGACUCUCUUCUGGUUAAAGUUAUUGCCCAUGCUGCUGACUUGCAGUCUUCCUGCGCGAAAAUGAACCGCGCGCUACGCGAGUUCAGGGUUCGUGGAGUUAAGACUAAUAUUCCUUUCCUGCUUAAUGUUCUGGAGAACCAGAAAUUUUUGAACGGAAAUGUCGACACUUAUUUCAUCGAUGAGAAUCCUCAGCUGUUUAAAUUCACGCCAAGCCAGAACCGGGCGCAGAAAUUGCUCAAUUAUUUGGGUACCGUUUUAGUAAACGGGCCUAGCACUCCACUGGCUACUCAGUUGAAACCUGCUGAAAUUAAACCGCAUAUUCCUGAUAUUCCUGUUGACUAUUCUAAGCUUCGAGCAACCGACGUGGAAGACGCAGACCUGACAGAAAUCCUGGAACCUCCUCGAGGCUUGAGACACAUAUUACUCGAAAAAGGCCCGGAAGGAUUCGCAAAAGCAGUCCGUGAUCACAAAGGGCUUCUGCUAAUGGACACAACCUUCCGCGACGCGCAUCAAUCUCUCCUAGCAACUCGAGUUCGGAGUCACGACUUACUAAACAUAUCUCCAUACGUCGCGCACAAAUUCAGUAACCUCUACGCCUUAGAAAACUGGGGAGGCGCCACCUUCGACGUCGCAUUAAGAUUCCUCCACGAGUGUCCUUGGGAACGGCUUAUAGACAUGCGCAAAGCGAUCCCAAAUAUUCCGUUCCAAAUGCUGCUCCGAGGCGCUAACGCAGUCGGCUACACCAACUACCCCGACAACGUGGUGUUCAAAUUCUGCGACCUAUCAGUGCAGUGCGGAAUGGACAUCUUCAGAGUAUUCGACUCUCUAAAUUACCUUCCAAAUUUAAUCCUGGGAAUGGAAGCCGCUGGAAAAGCAGGCGGGGUUGUAGAAGCGGCAAUUUCUUACACUGGAGAUGUAAGCGACCCUAACCGGACAAAGUACGACUUGAAAUACUACACAGACCUGGCUGAUGAAUUAGUAAGAGCUGGAACACAUGUGCUGUCUAUAAAAGACAUGGCAGGUUUAUUGAAACCCAAAGCAGCGAGUCUGCUGAUUGACGCGAUUCGUCAAAAGCAGCCUGAUGUUCCAAUUCAUAUUCAUACUCAUGACACAGCUGGUGCUGGAGUAGCUUCGAUGCUUGCUUGUGCUCAAGCUGGAGCUGAUGUAGUGGACGUUGCUGUUGAUAGCAUGUCUGGAAUGACCAGUCAGCCUUCAAUGGGAGCCGUUGUUGCUUCUUUGCAAGACACUCCUCAUGAUACUAACUUUGAUUUGAGAGACGUGUCUGAAUAUUCGGCCUAUUGGGAACAAACCAGGACUCUUUACGCGCCUUUUGAAUGCACUACGACGAUGAAGUCGGGCAAUGCUGAUGUUUAUCUCAAUGAAAUUCCCGGUGGGCAGUACACUAAUCUCCAGUUCCAGGCUUACUCUUUAGGACUGGGAGAGUUUUUUGAAGACGUCAAGAAAGCUUACAGAGAAGCUAAUAUUCUGUUGGGUGAUAUCAUAAAAGUAACACCCAGUUCUAAAGUUGUGGGAGACUUUGCGCAAUUUAUGGUACAGAAUAAACUGACCGCUCAGGAUGUUUUGGACAAAGCUGAAGAACUUUCGUUCCCUAAGUCGGUGGUUGAAUUUCUUCAGGGAGCUAUUGGGGAACCUUAUGGAGGAUUUCCGGAACCGCUGAGGUCUAAGGUUUUAAAAGAUAUGCCUAGAGUUCAGGGAAGACCGGGUGAGAGUUUGCCGCCGUUAGAUUUUGGGAAGCUUGAAAAAGAUUUGAGGGAAGUUCAUCCGACUAUCACGGAGAAGGAUGUUAUGUCUGCGGCGCUCUAUCCGCAGGUUACUAAUGACUAUUUGAAGUUUAAAGAAACUUUUGGACCGGUUGAUAAACUUGAGACGAGGAUUUUUUUGACUGGGCCGAAGGUUGGGGAAGAGUUUGAUGUUACGAUUGAGAAAGGAAAGACUCUGGGGAUUAAAACUUUGGCGAUGUGCGAAGAUCUGACGGCUAAUGGAGAGAGAGAGGUUUUCUUUGAGAUGAAUGGGCAAUUGAGAUCUGUUUUUAUUAAGGACAAAGAAGCUGUUAAGGAGCUUCACAUUCAUCCCAAAGCUGACAAAAGCAAUAAGAACCAGGUCGGCGCUCCCAUGCCCGGAACUGUGAUCGACAUCAGGGUGAAAGUCGGCGACUCAGUCGAAAAAGGCGCUCCGUUGAUUGUCAUCUCAGCCAUGAAGAUGGAGAUGGUUGUCCAGGCACCAAAAGCUGGAAAAAUAAAGACACUGGAAGUCUCCGUGAAUUCCAAACUCGAGGGUGAUGAUCUUCUAAUUACCAUGGAGUGA